AUGCUUGCCUACGAACUCCUGGCUAUGGGUAUCUUCUUCGGGACUACCUUGGCCCAACCAACAAAUGCUACGCGAAAAUGGGCCCAAUUCUACGACGACGAUUCCUGCGGUGGUUCCCACGGGCUUUCAGUUAGCCUUAAUAACCCGGGAUGUCUGAACGAGGCCGGAAGAGGCUCCUUUAAACUUCACGGAUACGAUUUCGGGCAAUACUUUUUAAUAUCUAGCCCGGACAACGAUUGCCCAUGUCAAUCCUACUGCACUCGUCUUACGGGCCGCGACAAUGGGUGCUUCAAGUUACAGGGUAACAUGCUUGGUUCAUCUUAUCGUUUUGUUCGCAGGGAGAAUAAACUUUGUCCCCAGAAUCAAUGCUGA